UGUGCAAAAAUGUGAUUUACCUGCUGCAGAAGACACUGAUGACCUGAAACGAAAAAUGGAAUAUCAAACAUCAUUGGGCACAAGCCAAGAACGUUUUGAUAAAGGACACCAGGACCAGGCUACUUCUCCAAGAAAAUGCAAGAAGAAAACUAAACAUCUAGAAACCUCAGACCAGAGCAAUUAUUACGAUGACUACAACUCUGCAUAUGAGCAGAACUAUUAUUACGAUGACUACAACUCUGCAUCUGAGCAGAACUAUUAUUACGAUGACUACAACUCUGCAUAUGAGCAGAACAAUUAUUACGAUGACUACAACUUUGCAUAUGCGCUAAGUCUUGAGAUGGACUCCCUUCCAUAUAGGGACAGAAUCUCCAAAAUUCACUUGGAUAAAGAAUUAAGGCAAGAUUCACAGAUACUGACAAACGAGUUAAGAAUGUUGCCAGCAGAGUCCCUGCCUUGGGAGAAAGAAAAAAUACAACCACAAAAAGAGGUGGAAGAGAAAAGGCAAAAGCAUCAUCAGAAUAAAAUGGAAACAUUGAGAAGAAAAGAUAGUGAUUCAAUGGAGAGCCACCAGCAUGGUAAAGAUGAGGAAAGUAAAAUUUCUGGGGAAGGAAUGAACAUUUCUUCCAGGAAAUAUUUAGAUUUUGUCCACGUUUUAAAGAGGUAAGUUUGUCAAAACAUUUAACUGGAGUAUGAUCAGAUAGCAACAUUUAAGAUAUUUAUGGUAUGUUCAGUUGGCUCUAAAAAUCUAGAUUCAGAUUCAUUUUACAUCCACUUAUUUUUUGCUGAGAAAGAAAUUAAGGUCCUAUGAAUGUAUGUUAUUCUAUUGCUGUUAGUAUGGUCUUUUAUUUUGGAACAAUUACAUCAGUGUCUAUAGGUAGCAUAUGGGAAAAAAUAGCAUAUAAUAGAAGAUAUGGGUAUCAAGGAGCAAAACAAGAUCAUUUGCAAAAGUUUGCAAAUAUAUCAAAAGUGCUAAAGAGAUAAGAAAGCAGGCUUACAGCUACGUCAAAAGUUAAAUGAGUUCUCUUAGUCAUUACAAAGUUUCCCAUCAGUCGAAAUGUUCAAGAAUGAAUCAAUUUAAGUGCUUAUCAUGAGCCAAGCACUGAGGAUACCACCCUCCCCUCCCCCCAAAAAAGUUCUAGAUUCUAAAGAAAUUUAAUCAAAAUUCUUUUAAUUGCAGACCUACAAAUCAUUGAAAAGAUCUAGUCACCAACCCACCACCAUAUAAAAUGGGACUGAGGAAAAAAAGGUUGAUGUCCUUUCCAAAUGGCAGAAUAAAAAAGGGAAAUUGACGGAAAUGUAGAUAGAAGUGCUCACAUAGUGAUUGUUUAUAAGGCUUUCUAGUGCUCAUAUGGCUUCUGGGCAGGCUGAGGAAGAACAAAAAGCAGAAAACGGCUAUUUUCCACCCCAUCUAAAAAAUCAUUAGAUGGUAGAUGAGCCAGGCAGGAAUAUGGUAAAAAGGGUUCAUAAUUCAUGUUCGGACUGUACUUAAUAGACCACUUCGAAAAUUCCAAUUCAUAAGAGUUAGAAUGUGGAAAUGUUCUGGAUUAACAUUUAAAAAAUAGAGAAUGUUUUAAAAAAACAAGCCCAGAUUUACUUUUAUUAACUUAAAAAAUAAUUUAACAGCCUUAAAAACCUUAUCCUGAAAUAACUAAUUUCAAAACCAAAAAUUAGAUAAAUUCACGAAGACCAUACAUAAAGUAUUUGAGAGACACUGAAAAGGGCAUCUUUUCCUGCUUCAAUGCCAGUACUCAUAUAUUGUGACCUCAGGAAGUAACCAUAUUACACUUAUUUGUAAGUUAUAUAGCCUUACAAGCCUUACAUAGACUUAACAAUCCAGGGACAAUUGGGAGAAAGCUCCCUUUUUUUUUUUUUUUAACAUUUGUCAUUGUUUACUUUCAUAUCAGUCUCUUUUUGCAAGAUCUCUCUCCUCACCCUUCUAGUGAAAAAUCCCUAAUCACUACAUCAAUAUCACAUGCAGUGUUCCAUAUUGAGUAGUCCUACACCUUGCAAAAACCUCACAUCUGGACCAAGCGUGGACAUUAUAAUUUCAUAGUAUUCAGUUGCAGUUAUUUUAUUGUCUUUAAUAAUUUAUAUUGUUGUCCUGGUUACCUUUAUUUCAUUUUGCAUUAAUUCAUAUAAAUAUUCUCAUCCUCCCAUUUAAUAUUUCUAAACAUACACAAUGGUGUUCCAUUACAUCCACAAACCACAAUUUGUUUAGCCAUUCUUCGGUCGACGAGCAGCUACUCUAGUCCUACUUAUUUGCUACUACAAAAAGUUGUUGCUGUGAAUAUUUUGGUUUUUAAAACUUUUCUUGCCAUUGAGGUAUACGUUUAGCAGUUGGAGAGAGAAAUAAUGCUAAAGCACCAGAGAAAUUACUAUUCUUUGGGAAAGUUUGACGAAAAGGGAAUCAAAAGAAGGUAAGUUACAAGCCAACAUUCUAUUUUAAUGCUGUGAAAUCUGGGAAUAAAAUUAGAUGCUGUAACAAGUUGAUAUCAAGAAUGAUUACAAAAUGUGCUUUUUCCUACUAAAUUCCUUCUUUGAUACCUUAUCAGAGUAGGAAGGUGAAGUUACCUAAAAGCUACAUGAACAAAGCAACAGGUAGGUUUGUGAGGUUCAUUCGAGGUAAACAAAGAACAAUCUUCCUACAUUUGUGUUUAUUGAUGCUCACUGUUUUUGCGAGCAUGCAGUAAGUCUCUCUCUCUUUUUAUUUCUCUUUCUUUUUCUCUCUAGCACACACACACACACACACACAUACACUUGUGUUAAUUUCCUAAAGCAAUCCAUUGCUUUUAAAAUAGUCUUAAAUGUUUGGAAGUUGGUGUUUUGUUUUUUCAUGUAGUGAUCCCAAAUGUGUUUUUCUGUGCUUCAUCCUACCUAUAUAGUAUAUAUAUGU